AAACCUAUAAUACACAUCCACAGUAUUGUCCAUUUGAAUUCAGAGCUACUCGUUCUACAACUGUCCUGCUCACGAAAAGAAAAUAUUGUAGUAUGAACAAUGUCACAUUCUCAUUGUUCAUGCCAUGCCUUCCCUCUAGUUCGCCCUAUUGUUGAUCAACAGCGAAGAAGGCUCAAAAUUCCAAGCUACGGGCGCAGUGCUCGAGGUGUAUCCGCUCAAUGUUCAACAGGGCCAGUCUUCGUCGGCUCAAAUACUGCUUGUUGAUGAUAGCUCCAACGCAGUUAGUGUCAUACAAUCUGGAUGGCAUGUCGAUCCUGACCGCGAGAGCGACACCCAGACACGAUUGGUGACUUAUUGGACGGCCGAUGACUACCACAAGACCGGCUGCAUGAACAUGCUCUGCCCAGGCUUUGUGCUGCUGAGCAGAACUACCUCUCCUGGGAUGGUACUUACAACAGGAUCUAUUCCUCUGAAUAUGACCAAGGAUAUCCAAACCGGGAACUGGCAGGUGGUGGUCGGUGACGAGGUCGUGGGCUACUUCCCCAAGGAGAUCAUCAACGGGAUGAGCGGCGGGACGGAGGUGCAGAUGGGAGGGAUCGUGUACGCGUCGCCGGGGCAGAAGAGCCCACCCAUGGGCAACGGCAUCCAGCCCGUGCACGGCGGCAACUACCGCGCCGCCAGGUUCACGUGGGUGGCGGCCCAAGGCGCCAGGAUCGCCAACUGGACGGUGGCGAGAGAUGUCGCCGACAUCAACAUCUACGACGCCACGGUCACCUCGAGCUCGGGAACAGGCCCGGAGGGAGCUGUGUUCGAAUAUGGCGGUCCUGGAGGCCAGCCGUGAGUGAGUGACUUCAGCGUGGCCUCUGUCUUUGAUAGUGUCCUCACCUUAUUUGGAGGAUGAUCAUGGGUGUAUUUGGUUAGAGGAAAUUGAUAUCAGCCGUAAUCUUAGCAUUUUCCUUCCCAUGAUGAUUUUUUUUAAGAUAAUGGAAUAAAUCCCGGCUUUCCCGUGACGAUGACUGUCCAUGGGAACUGGGGGUUAGUAGGGAAUGCAACAUUUCUGGGAGUGGAUGUGUCAAAAUGGUUCAAUGAAUGGGGUUAAUAAUCCAGGAUUGAUGCCUGUUUAAAGGAAUCUUUUUUAUAAUAGACUAUAUUUUCAGUAUUUCCUUAACGAGUUAUAGUCAAUUAUUACACCA